CCACCACCUCGUCGCUGCCCGCCGCGGCCCCCUCCCUCCCGCCCCCGGUCCCGCCAGUCAGGCUUCGUCACCCGCUGCGGCGGCUCUAGGCCUUCCCUCGGGGGCCCCCCGGAGCAGCCGGGGCCCGGCGCCCAGCACCCCCCACCCGGUGCCCGCGGGCCGGGGGCGGGGGGUUGCCUAGGGGGAGAACCAUGUCCCAGCGGGUGAGGCGCAAUGGCUCUCCCACGCCCGCCGGCGCCCUCGCGGGUGGCGCGGUCGGCCCGGCCGGGGGCCCCGGGAGCCGCCUGCAGCCCAUGAGGGCCACCGUGCCGUUCCAGCUGAAGCAGCAGCAGCAGCAGCAGCAGCAGCAACAUGGCAGCCCCACGCGGGGCGGCGGCGGCGGCGGCGGCGGCAACAACAACGGCGGCUGCGGAGGCGCUUCAGGCCCCUCGGGUGGCGGCGGCGGCGGCGGCCUGCGCACCGCCUCGCGCAGCACCAGCCCCACGCGCGGCGGCGGCGGGGCGGCGGCGGCGCGCACCAGCCCCACGGUGGCCACGCAGACGGGCGCGUCCGUGACGUCCACGCGCGGCACCAGCCCCACGCGCGGCACGGCGCCCGGGCCCCGAAGCAGUCCUCCGCGACCGCCGCCCCCGCCGCCCCUGCUGGGCACCGUGUCGUCGUCGCCCAGCUCGUCGCCCACCCACCUGUGGCCCGGCGAGGUGAGCGCGGCCCCACCCCCCGCCCGGGUCCGCCACCGGAGGAGGUCCCCGGAGCAGGGCCGGCCCUCGGCGGAGAAGAGGAGCCCCAGCGCCCCGGUGUGCAAAGCAGGUGACAAAACACGGCCACCUUCCUCAAGCCCCUCCAGCAUUAUCCGGCGCACUUCCUCGCUGGAUACACUUGCAGCUCCAUACCUUGCUGGGCACUGGCCCCGAGACAGUCGUGGGCAAGCUGCGCCCUGCAUGAGGGACAAAGCCACACAGACCGAGAGUGCGUGGGCCGAAGAAUAUGCUGAAAAGAAGAAAGGGUCUCAUAAGCGCUCAGCAUCCUGGGGCAGCACAGAACAGCUUAAAGAGAUUGCAAAAUUACGCCAGCAGUUGCAGAGAAGCAAACACAGCAGUCGUCAUCAUCGAGAUAAAGAAAGACAGUCUCCAUUCCAUGGCAACCAUGCAGCUAUUAACCAGAGCCAGGCUCCUGCUCCAAAGAGCACACUUGUCCCCGUCAUCCCCAUCACCAAGUCCACGGGCUCUCGGUUCCGGAACAGCGUGGAAGGACUGAACCAGGAGAUCGAGAUCAUAAUUAAGGAAACUGGGGAGAAGGAAGAGCAGCUCAUUCCACAGGACAUUCCAGACGGUCACCGAGCUCCUCCGCCCCUGGCACAGAGGAGCAGCAGCACUCGGAGCAUCGACACCCAGACCCCUGGGGGCGCGGACAAGGGGAGCAACAACAGCAGCCGUUCUCAGUCCGUGUCCCCCACCUCCUUCCUCACCAUCUCCAACGAGGGCAGCGAGGAGAGUCCCUGCUCAGCCGAUGACCUGCUUGCUGAUCCCAGGGAUAAAGAGAAUGGAAACAACUCUCCUUUGCCAAAAUAUGCAACCUCACCAAAACCUAAUAACAGUUACAUGUUCAAAAGGGAACCUCCAGAGGGCUGUGAGAGGGUCAAAGUCUUUGAGGAGUGCUCGCCAAAACAACUUCAUGAAAUUCCAGCCUUUUACUGUCCCGACAAAAACAAGGUGAAUUUCAUUCCUAAAAGUGGCUCUGCUUUCUGCCUCGUGAGCAUCCUCAAGCCGCUUCUGCCCACGCCAGAUCUCACCCUCAAGGGCUCUGGUCACAGCCUGACGGUCACCACUGGCAUGACCACUACUCUGCUGCAGCCCAUCUCCAUGGCCUCUCUGUCUGCAAACCCAGAGCAGGACAGGGUGUCUCGAGGAACCAGCACAGUCCUGCCGUCCGCCUCCCUCCAUGCACCACCAGAACCAAUUGAGGAAGCUGAAGGAUAGGUCCAGUUCUGGUGCUGGUUCCUGGGAACCCCUGAAGAUCACGUGACUGUGAUGGUAUCGUGUCCUCCCGGUUGGCUGUGAAGUGCUUUGGCUUUUCCAGUGAUGUGUGACAACGAGGCUGCUGGAAGAAUGCAUCCCCUGUGAGUGCUCUGCCCUACGCAUGAAGGCCGCUGCCACAGUGCUGAAACAUGGAAGGUCUCUUUACUUUUGGAGGAACAAAGUCACAUUUUCAUUUGUUUUCAAAUUAGACUUGUUUAAAAACAAACAUAAAACCUAAUCCCUGCAAACAUGAUUUCUGAAGGGAGAUGUGAUUGAUGCUGCAAGAAAACCAUCUUUUAUAUGAAAAUGACUAUUUUAUAAUACCAAUGUUACAUUUUCUGAAAGUAGCAAACAGGAUGUUCAAAAGAUUCUUUGGUGGCCUCUGUUUCUUCUUUCCCUUUUCUAGAUGUUGCUUUUCUCAGCUGUUUUCAGCUUUGGGACCAAAGGGAUUGUUGACAUUUCCCCAGCAAUGUCAAUCUCAUGACUGUGUUCUUCUCCCAAAUAAGAAUUGAUAGGUAAAUGCAUUGAACCAAGUAUAUAUAAAAAGAUAAAAAGCAAUA